CUGGUGGUACACCACUCCUCGCUCGGACGGAUGCUGCUUUUCGGCAGUCGGGAAAACUCUACGUUUUGUAUAUAGAGCAUACAGCGAUAUUAGUAAUAAUGUACAUACAUAAGGAAAAACAACACAUUAUUACAUACAAUUUUCGUUUUUCCAAUAGAGAAAAAUUGGUGUAGCAAAUCAGCAAAAGAUUUCUAACCGCCAAACUGAGCGUACACGUAAUGACACCCGCGGUCUUAGUUUAGGUUUUUAGUUGUGUGACAAUAUUUAACAAAAAAAAACGCGAAUUCGUCAAUAACGGCCGCAGCUCGUAAUCAAUGCAAUUAUCAGCAUAAAGGUGUAAUUAAAUUUGAGAUUAAUAUUUUGCUCGGGCUGGACAAACUUAGAUAAGUGUUAAGAAGUGAAUCAUUUUCAUAGUGUGCUCACACAUUGAAUAGCUAGGAAUUGCUAGUCUAACCAAACGCGCGAAAUUGAUAACGCAAAAGAAAAAAAUUACAGUAAUUAGCUCGCCGCUCUCACCAAAAUUUGGCAAAGAGAAUCAUCAGAGCUGUUUAUAUAUGUGAUAUUACUCGAGAGUAGACGGUAAACGCGAAAAAACUAUGUACAUUAAAAAGGCAACCACUCCAUUCGCAAAAUGUGAAAAAGUAAAAACGAUUUUUUCGUCUUGACUGUGUGGAAGUUUUCUAUCCUUUUUUAUUACUGCAGUACAUGCUCUAUUUUUCGCAAUUUCGUACCACUGGUUACAAUAUUUAGUUUGUGCUCUGUAUCGGCAUUACCAGGAUGGUCGAUGCAAUGGGGAAACGAUGGUACCCGUAAUAUUUUAUUUCUGCAUUUCUAAGUGACUGAAACAGAGUGUUAUUUCUAGUGCAAUUUAGUUCUAAUACGAACCAUACGAUAGUUCAUUUUGUGUGUAACUUUUAUCUCGGCCACAUUGGAGUACAUAAAAUGUCCUUGAAUGUGGACAGUACGGAGCGUGAAUCGAAGUGAUAAAAAAACGUGAUGGAUGUACUACAUAUAACAAUUCUGCAUAAUGCAAAAUCACAAUGAUCAACUCGGUUCCAUACCGUUGCCAGAAAACACAAAACAAUAGGCAAUGCUUGUGCCGAACAUCUAUUGUAUAACUAUCGAACUUUGGAUACUAACGGAAAAAAUACCCGGUAAUCUUGAAGUGCGAUAACUGUGAAACAGAACCUGUCGGAAUAAAUUGUACCAUAAAACGGUAACUCCAAUUGAAAUAGCGGUACAAUGGUAGACACACAGCAUUUUUGUCUACGAUGGAACAAUUAUCAAAGCAGUAUUACCUCUGCUUUUGAAAAUCUACGAGAUGACGAAGACUUUGUCGAUGUGACACUUGCUUGUGAUGGACGAAGCCUCAAAGCACACCGUGUUGUUCUAUCAGCAUGCAGUCCGUACUUCAGAGAGCUGCUUAAGAGCACGCCCUGCAAGCAUCCCGUAAUAGUACUUCAGGAUGUGGCAUUCACAGAUCUCCAUGCGCUUGUAGAAUUCAUCUAUCACGGCGAAGUGAAUGUUCAUCAACGAUCGCUUAGCUCUUUUCUGAAAACUGCAGAAGUGCUGAGAGUGUCUGGACUGACACAACAACAAGCUGAUGAAACUCAUAAUUUAGCUCAAGUACAAACACCCACGGGCUCUGACAGCCGCACACCAGUAGGUCAUCAUCAUCCUAGUUAUACGGACAAAUUGGUAGAAGAUGCGCUGUUUGCCCAGAACGUGCCACCUUCGUCACAUUUGAAUAAUCUUCACCACUCUCCUGCAGCGCACGGCGGAUCCACAGUAAAUCAAUUACUUAGAAGAGCGGCAGCCGCAGCCGCGUUAAGACGGGAGCGAAACAAUUCCAAUCAAUCUGAUGAGCUCUCAUUAAAACGCCAUCGAAUGUCAACCGAGAACAAUAUGCUUGGUAAUAAUAACAAUUUAGACGUGGUGAGUCAUAUGCCACAAAUUACUGCGACGGAUUUUUCUACAACUAUGAAGACAAACAAUAGUACUCCGCUCUCCCCGCAUAUUAAAGAACAACAUCGGCAUGAGAGCAAUAAAACGCCCAACGGUAAUAACAAUAACAGUAUAAAUAUCAACAACAACACGAACAAUUUGAAUAACAACAACAGCAACAACAAUCUAAAUGCACACAGCAAAGAUAAUGCAUUAGCGGAACCGUUGGCCGGAAGCCUGGGUAGCAUAGCCACUAACGGAGGGAGUUUGGGUUCGAAUACUGACAAAGAAAGCCUUACUCCAUCACCAUCUGUGCGCUCGAACGACGAUGUGAAAUCAGAACCCAUGGAACUAGUGUGUAGUUCCAACGUCGAACAUGAAAACAGUUCCGAUUCAAUAAUCGAUGAGCCUCAUGCGAUUCAGCAUCCUGCAGAUAUCAAGAGAUCCAUUAGUUUCUUCCCAAACAGCUCUCCUCAUGAGGAUGAAAUGGAUAACAGCAUACAUUCCCAUACGGCCCCUCCGUUUUUGAUAUCGCCUGGAGAUAACAAACUGUUUGCGCCACCAGGGUCAUUUAAUUUCUCUAUGGCCGCCCUGGCUGCCGACCCGACAGCCCUUGCAGGGUUCAACUCGCAAGCCCUUCAAACUGCAGAACUAGCUGGUUCGCCACAAGCAGGAUCCCAAGGAACUGUUUCAGCUACGUCUUCUCAACUUACACCGCUUCGGAUGCCGCCACCAACAAGUGGUGGAAUCAACGAACCUCAAGAGUGUCCGUAUUGUCGGAGAACCUUUUCCUGCUACUACUCACUCAAGCGACAUUUUCAAGACAAACAUGAGCAAUCAGACACACUGUAUGUGUGCGAAUUCUGUCAUCGCCGUUAUAGGACAAAAAACUCCUUAACAACGCAUAAAAGUUUGCAGCACCGCGGUUCAAGUGGCAUGUUGAAACGAUUGCUGAAAACAUCAGCGAUUAAGAAUGUACUCGGCGGUGGAAGUGCUACUGGUAACUCGGGUAUGCAUGGAGCCAGUCACCCCCGACCACAUUUGUUCGAUUUCGCCGCAGAGCUCGGACAACCUCCACCAGGUAUACAAUAAUGCGAUUUCACAUACCCUAUGAGAAAAAAAGGAAACCAACAUGUGCAGUUGAUUUAUCCAUUUAGGUGUAUACAAUUUUAAAUAAGUAAUUGACAUAUUGUCCAUGUCCAUGGUUGGUAAAUCACAUAUUAGUCAUUUCAUGCGAAAUCUAUACUCAUUUUUUUAUGCAGAAUAUUUAUUCUCGCAUGUUCACGCGCAAUUAUCGGCACGUACUAUUUACUCUUAUCCAAUUAUUGAAACUCUCGGGAUGGUUUAAAAAAAGAUAGCCAAAACAAUGGUUUGUAAAUAUAAAUAUUAGUUUUGUAACGUACAUGAAAAAAAACUGUGCAGAAGCUGAUGGAAAAUAGAGAAUAAUGGAAACUUCCAUUCAGAACGCCAAAAUUAAAAAACGAAAAAAAUAAAAAAGGAUGUUUGGCAUUUUUUGUUUUUUUCAUGAAAUGACUUAUACAUAUGACUGUCCUCUUCGGUUUGAUACAAUUUCUUUUAAAAUUAUACAUAUCUUGUUCGGUGUAGAAUAGAAAAAGUGCAAUAUUUAUUCAUCAAAUCAAAAACACAUUCAAUUUUAAGUUUUACAAAAUUUCGCAUUUCAACGAACUAAAUAGUAUCAAAAACUGCUUGACGCUGAUUGUCGUUUGAAUCAUUUCGUUCAACCUAUCUACAAAAAAUUGGUGUAAUUGUGAACAUAUUGAGUAUAUUAAGAUACCACGAUUAAUUUGGGCAAUAUGGCUUUACACCAAUUUGAGAAGACACCGCUUUUAUCAUAUGCUCAUGUACAUAUGAUUAUCAAAAAAGAUGUUGAUCAAAAAAAUGAUUGAACCAAAAAAGUAAAAAAUAUUUUUCAAACUUUUCUGCUACGGAUAGAGGUAUUUAACCGUGAUAGUUCCAGUUAGAUCAGGAUGGAUUUCAAAGUCAGGCGAACUUCGCUGGUGACUCGGGUUGAAGUUUCAACACCGAGAUGACACAAAUUAUGCUUUGGAAAAUCAUAAUGUUGGACAAUCAUAUGAUACGUUAGUUAUUAUUAUUAUUCAAUUGCUCACCAGUCGAAAUAAUAAGAGUUUCAAAGUCGAAUUCACGCGUACAAUAAACCAAUCAUGUGCUAGCACGCCAUGAACAGAUGUCAUGAAUAAAAACCAGCCGUCUACUGUAUUAUUUGCUAAAUCAGUGUUACGUCACCAUUUCAGGCAACCCCAAGUAGCCUAUACCUUAAUCAUUUUUCCUUCGCUGGCGCGAAAAUUAAUUUAUCUACUAUAUGGUCGGCGUGCGAAGACUGAACCAAGCGCCAAAAACAUUAUUUCGAGUAAUCGGCGAUCAAAGUUUAACCACCUCGUAUGUUUCCUACAAGCUGCUGCAGAGAAAUUUUGUUAUAAUACCAUUUUGAAAUAUCCAAAUGAUUACAUUUUUGCAUGAAAAAUAGAUUAUCAAUUUUAAAAUCCACUGGUGUUAAUCACUCAAUUUUUAGAAAAAUGGCGUUUGGUUCGGUCUAGUCGCACGCCCACCAGAUAAAAAUGGAAUAUCGUAACGCAGUUGGCCCUGUUGAUAUUAUUUCCUCCGCUUCUGAGGUCUAAAGUAAUUUAAAUCGUUUUCAAUAAAAAAAACCAAGCGGUAACAUGUAGGUUUUUUACAUGAAAAUGUUGAUUGAUGUUCAGGAAAGACAUUUGAGGAAAAAUUAUAGGUAUCUGUUUAGGGGCCAUCCACAUACCACGUGGCCAGAUUUGAAAUGAUUUUGACGAUUUUUAUUCUACAAAGGCAUCGCAAAUGCCACUAACACGUGCUUCCUCCGCAGAUAAGCAAAGCUUAUGUACAUUACAUGGGAUUUGUUAUUUCAUUAAUUUGAUACAAUUGCUUCCAACCAUUGCAGUGUAAAAUAGCACUACCUUACAUAUCUAUUCUAGCCGAAAUUCGAACACACGACUGACUUGUUAGACCAGAUACGUACCUCGACUCGAAACCAACUGGGAUGUUAAUAUAAAAAAAUAAAAUAAUGUUUCCAUACAUAAUAAGGAGAUAGAGUUCAAGGUAGCUUACGACCAACUGUUUAAUCGGUCAGAUCAGGGAUAGAUAUGCAUAUUUGUCUGCGGAACGCGAAACAUUUUUUUCAGAUUCUUUUCCAAAACAUCUAGCGUCUCUGAGUAAAACAGUCUGGCUGCAAUCGCAAGUAAGAAAUCAUUCAUCCAAAACCGAUCACUGGAUACUUUUAUUUAAAACUAUGAAUGUUGCGCUUCAAUAAUCUGAAGGUUCCGUGGUGCUUGCAAACCGUCGCAGUCAUAAACAGAAAUAAAAUUCAUGCAGACUCUCCCAAUAAAUUACAUUACUACCGACAACAAACUACGAUUGCGAAAUUUGUCCUGGACAGAUUCAAUCCAUUUUUUUUCUUGGGGGGUAUCUUUGGGGUAGGCAAAAAUGAAUGAAAAGAUUCACGUUACUGUUGGGCAAGAAUCACUACAACUUUGAAGCUUUUUUUUUUCGUUUCUAUAUCGGUAAUCAUCUUGAACAAACUAUGCUAAGAGCUAAAAAGAAUUUUCAUCUUUAGCUCGAUAUUUAGUUCGAUUAAGUGUCUGAAAAGCCUCCAGCGUACCUAAAAUUGUGAUACAGAGGGUUGAAUAAUUUACAAUACUGAAAUGGUUUUCAUACUAUUUUUCUCCUUUUUACUUUUCAUAUUAAAUUCUGUAGUUCGUGUUAAGACCGUACAUAUGCAACAUACAAUUGUUUUAAAUAUUAUUGUAACAUCACAUAUAAAAUGGAACUCACCCUCAUGUUCAAACGACCAUCAAGUGCAAUGCAGCAAUUUAUGAAUUUCAAUUUGUUUGUUAGAACUUUCUCCGAAAAUUCAAAAGUAGUGUAUAGAAUUUUGCUUCAUUUGAACUUAAAACAGCUAUUAUGAAUAUUGUAACAUGACAUGGCUCUAAGCAACAGAUUCCUUACAUUUGUGUGCAACAUAGCAUUUAUCAAAAAACACGAAUUCGUUUAUAAACUGGUUAUCUGCACGAAAGUUCAGAUUGUCAUUAUUAUUUUCAGUCGAUUCAAUUACACGUUUUAAAUUUAAGAAUUCUUAAAAGAAAUGGAACUGUGAUUUGUAAAUUUUAACAAAAAGCAUAAUUUUUAAUAAUACUUAUUUUGUCUAUCCCGUCUUGUAGAUGAAAGUAAAGAAAACUGUAAAGUUAAAGUGAAAAGAACUGAUUAGAACAUUAUUAACUAAAUUCUUAAAGAAACCCUUAGGAAAACCUGGAAUACUAUAAGUGAUUUUGGCUGCCAAAGAUACGUUUUGAAAAUAAAUCUUGUAACAUCAAAUCUUUCUGUUUGAAUCAAAAAUGCAUUGUACACAGAGUCAAAACUAACAUUGAAAAUAUCAUUUAUGCAACAUAAAAACAUAAAACAUAAUUCAAAAUGCGAUGUGCCAUUUCAAUAGACUUCUUAAUUUUUACUUGUGAUAGUGAAUUUGGAUAGUCGCCAGCGAGCUCAAUUUGAUGCAGCCAGUUCUUCCAAGCAAGAUUUUUUCAUACUUUGAGCGGAAAUGUGAAAACAGGAAAUAAUUAUGUGCCAAAAAAUAAGAAUUAGAAUGUGUAUUUUGCGAUGUGGCAUUCUAAAUAUUGUCCUGCGUUCAAUCAAUCCAUCGGUAUGUCAAUAUAAGUUACACCAUUUCAUCUUGUCUACCGUAAAUUACAAAUAACAUGUAUACAAAAAUACAAAAAAUGUUCAACUGCGAAAGAAAAUCAGGCGUCAUCAGAAUUACGAAAAUAUCUUUCAAACAUAUCUCGGCUCAACUUUUACAUUUUUUACAAAAUGAUCAUAUUUUAAUAAAAAAAAUAAAUUUCAAUAAAGUCAGUAUUAUAACUUUUAAACUAAUGUUUUACAUUUGUAGGAAGGUAAAAUAAGCCAUACAAAUUUAAAUAUGAACUGUCAUUUAAUUUAAUUAUUAGCAAUAAGCAAAAUACGAAUUUAUAAAUGUAAAAAUAAAUAAGGGAAACGAAUUGAUUAUUUAAAGACACAAAAUCCAUAAGCUGGUAGUUUGUAGCACAGUAAGACUUUGUUAAUUUUAAUAGGUAUAUAGAUAAUAAAACAUGAUACGAAUCAUUUCGAGAAACGCGGAAUCAUAGAACCGCCAUCACAUCCGUACAUUAGCUCAAUAUUGUUUAUUUUUGUAAAUCUGGAAUAAUAAUUUUGCCACCAAGCGGCUAUUUUCAAAAACCCAGAAUUACUAAUUGUAUUCUAGAAUGAAAUGGAUUUAAAUCAGAAUACGCGAGAGAAGCAGAUAUCGCAAGAUACUGUUGAUCUAACCCAGUGUAAAUGCGUUAAUAUGUCAGAAGCAAAAGAGAUUGAUGCAAAACAAUUAGCAAUAGCAGUGAGAUCAUUUUAAAGUUUUAGUCAUAAUGGAGCAAUUUAAUGAUUAAGAUCCGUGUUUCUAAAUAAUUUGGAACAAACAAAUUUACUAGAACAGAUAAAGCAUUGGGCUAUUUACUCUGAUUUUACUGCACGCAAUAUUAAAACGGGUUUCAAUCGGAUUGCAAGUGUUGCCAAGCAACCAUCAUCAUGCUAUUGAAGGCAGCAUUCCUUUAUAAAGAACAUUUAAGAAUGAAAUUAUGAGUUGCUUUGUUGUUGUCGUUUUUUGACAAAUCAGUAAAAUAUUUUUUUAUAAUUAUUCAGUAAUUUUGACUCUACAAUAUUUCAUCAAAAAUUAUUGAUGAUCAUAUCAGUGAGCAUAAUUUAUCAAAAAUUACCAUAAAUGAAACAUAUUCGCACAGUUUGUAAACGUGAAAACACAUCUACAUACAACAAUAUCACAAACAAUGCUGCAAAGUUUAGAUAUAUUAUCAGUUCAAAUGCAACCGAGCUGCCUUUCAGACAGUACAAGAAAACAAAGAAAUAAUAGAGAAAUAUUUUAAAAAAAUAAUCAAGCAUUUAAACAUGUCAUAGAUUUUAAUCUACUAAAGAUCUUUGUCUGGAUUAGGUGAAUAACAAAAACAAAAAUAAGAUUAUAACAAAAAAAAUGACGAUAUACCUCAGGUUUUAGAAAUACACGAAAUGAAAUUAUAACAACAACACAAUCUACAUCUAAGACAAAUGUUAGAGAACCGAUACCCCCAAUAGACUUGUCAAACUUAUUGAAAAUAGUUAAACUAAAAAAAUAUUAACACAUCACUGGAACAGUUUUAAUAAUGGCUGAAACUCGAGUCAGAUCGCAAUCGAAUGUUGUACAGAUAUUUUUUUAUGUUACAGUCGACCAAUGUAACAUAGAAGCAGCUUUCAAAAUUCCGUUCAGUAGACGGAGACACACUUUAUUGAAACUUAUGGGAUUAUAAAAAAUCAAUGAACUAUAAUAUGUUCCAAUUCAACACGUCUACUCACAAGGCGAGCUCUCAGUGAAACAUCCUGCAAAGUUUUUUGAUAUGAAUUCAAAGAGAACCGAACAUAUUUUAAUACAAUUAAGAAUAUAAGUCAUUCAAAAAAUCAAACUUUAAUAAUAAAAAUAAAUUUUUAUCAGAUAAUGUUUAAUUAUCAUGUAAUUAUGAUCGAUGUAAAAAAUAUUACUCAAUAAAAUCUAAUUCUGCAGA